AUGAUGGAGAACGCAAACGUACUGGCACGAUAUGCUGUCAUUUGCCAGCAGGUAUCACCAAAUUCUUCAGAUGCAUUUACUGCAACUCAUAUCCCAACCCGGUUCCUCAGCUCGAAUUGAAUUUUCUUACAGCAUGGAAUUGUGCCGAUUGUGGAGCCCGAGGUCCUACCUGACGGAAAGCAUGAUCUUUAUGUGGCUCAGCGAGUUACUGAGGAGGUUCUCUCAUUCCAAUACAAAGCUCUCGCUGAUCACCACGUUUACCUUGAGGGCACUUUGCUGAAGCCAAACAUGGUCACUGCCGGACACUCCUGUCCACAGAAGUACAGCAUUGAACAAAAUGCUGUUGCUACAGUUCAGGCCCUCCAGCGCACAGUUCCUGCAGCCGUACCAGGUAACUAGUCAUACAUUUAGAAAGAGGAUGACAGUUUUGUUAAUAAAAGUAGAUCAAAAUAGUUGGGCAAGUGAGGACGUGAAGGUGAUCAGUAACAAAUUGUCUGCCGUAAGCCGCGGAAAAAGCAUCCCUGGCAGUCAUUGUUUUAUGCUACUUUUAAUAAAAAAAACCAUAAAAGUGCCUUGCAGCCUAUUUAUGACAAGGUGUAAGAACUUAGCUUGAUCUCUUAAAAACUCGCCCAAUAACGACAGAAUAACAGAAUUUAUCCUGAGAGGGCCAGGGUCACGUGAACAACUAAAUGUCACUAAGCCGUUGGUCCGCUGUUUGUUGAGAUCCCAUCCUGUUUCCCCUUGCUGUGUUUCAGUUUACUGGCUCUGACUGCGUCUUUUAUACUAUGGAUUAGACGUCAGCCUUACGUAUCUAACUCGUCUUACAGUGACAUCCUGGUUAGUUAUCUGUCUGUCAUUACCAGCCCUUAAAACCUCCACCUCCGAACAGGGCUCAAGACUUGAACCGGAAUCCCAGGAUCUCCGAAAACUUAAAUUAAACGUUCUUCCUUAUGAGCGCAAAGCCUACAUCCCUUUAACUGGGAUCAUUUGACUCGGAGUACUGGGAGAUCAACAGACGCGGAUUCAAAUCUCAGGGACCUGAACUAACAAACGGCGACCAAAAGCCCAGUCUACUUAUAGAACUCACGAUUACCGAUCCCUAGUAGGGCGAGUAAAUCAAAACAGGAAUACUCAUUUCUGUCCUGUAACUGAAUAAAAAAAACUUUAUUUUCAGGAGUGGUGUUCCUAUCAGGUGGACAGUCCGAGGUUGAUGCCACGCGAAAUCUCAAUGCAAUCAACCAAGUGAAUGCUAAAAAACCAUGGGCCCUAACAUUCAGCUUCGGAAGAGCUCUUCAGGCCUCGGUCAUCCAAGUUUGGCAAGGGAAGGACUCCAAUAUUCCUGCUGCACAAGCCGAACUUAUCAAGCUUGCUAAGGUAAAAUAAUAACAAAAUUAGAUCUUUCUCUUCAGUGAUACAUAUGCGUUUUAAGACAAAGCGCGUUGACAUUCAAAAGUCAAACAGCCGACCGUUUCACCGCUUUUUCAAAUUCCUUUUAGGCUAACGGAGAGGCCUCGCUAGGCAAGUUUGACGGAAAGUUGGAGGUUGCUUCCGGAGGCAAAUCGCUUUUCGUGGCUAACCAUGCCUACUAG